UUUCAUCAGAGUCGAAGAGGAGGAAAGACUCCUCUUUAUUGUCGUUUCCAUGAUUUAUUUAGUACAGACGUGUUUUUUCCAACUUUGUGGUCGAAGGAAUUUUUGUUGACGUCGGCUGUUGCAAGAUUGUGGCGAACUCUAACCCAGUGACGAUGGAUGUCAUGGAAGGAGAGACGGGACGGCCAGAUUAUCUAAAGUACGAUGAUGUGGAACUGCUGAAUAGAAUGGACGCCGAAUAUCUAGUACAACAUCUGACUCUCUUUCCAAUUGAGCAGAUUGGAAGUAGGAAAUGGUUAACACAGCACGCAAAUCUGGAGAAACUCAACUUGCAGAAAACAGGGAAUUCAUCAACUGAAGGUAAAGCUUUUACGGCGCGAGGCAAGCUGAAUCUAACCAAGCGCCGGAUGGUUUGUCAGGCGCAUUACAACACAAUGGUGCAUAAUGACGAAUUCGUAAUGGUGGCCUUAACUUCUCACGACAAAUUGGGAUUGCUUAUACAUGAGCUGCUAGUGAUUGAGAUUUGGAAAGAAAAAGUGCUCCCGCAUAUCCUUAAGGCACUUGCUGAGCAGCCUUCUAACAUCAAUAUUCACCUUGUUUUAUACCAAGAAACGACCAUUGUUAACUUGCUUGAGGUGAUUUUGUUUCACCGGGAAGUAUGCGAAGCCAUGGAUGCGGAUUCUUUAUUGGAGCUCACAGAUUAUUGCUACCGCAAACUUGUGUAUCUCAACACUCAGGGGGCCGAGGAUGCAGCAUACAAAGAACGAAGCGGAAAAGCAAUUUCAGAAAUGUUACCUGAGGAGGAUCUUCAAGAAAAGGCAGCUGGUAUGGAGUUUGGAGUUGCCGUCUGCUCCAUCUCUAUUCUCAGAUAUCUAACAGAUUAUAUGGGUGCUCUCCCCCUUUCUGUUAUGGCACGAAUGCUGGAUUGCCACGAUAUUAUCAUGGCCCUCGUUCCGCUUGUAGAGAACCCUCCAUGGAAUCGAAAAAGAACUCGAUCCGGAAAACCGGUGCUAGAGAAAUAUGCAGAAGGAAAGUGGACAGAAGUGUCGGGAUCUGACCGCUUCAGGUUGAUGAAGCCCGAUGCCCAGCUGUGGUUAUGUAUAUACAAUCUGAUUGUGGACAAGAGAUGUCGCCUCAAGUAUAAUUACGAUGAUUUUAGACGAUCGCAAGUUCUCAAGCUGCGAAAGUACCUGAAUAACUUGCUCGUUGAUCAGCUGCCCGUCCUCAAGGAUCUGAAAUGGGCAGUAGAGCAGCUGGCGAUACAGGUUCCACAGACUGGUGUUGAAUCUGCAUCAGGCAGGCUGAUCAUUGAACAGGUACCUGAACUCCGGGAGAAACUGAUGGCCAAAAACAAUUGGAGAGUGAUUGCCCAGAAGCAAUUGCAAAGUGUGUUUUCAGAAGCCUCCAGCGCAACACAACGCGAAGCUCAAGAGAUGCUCAGACUGUUCCAAUUUGGGGAAUUGAUGGAGCAACCCACUUGUGCGGCGUGCAAGAAGGCUGCUGUUCAACGAUGCUCCCGUUGUAAAAGCGAAUGGUAUUGUGGACGAGAAUGUCAGGUCUCUGUCUGGAAGAUGCACAAGGGGGCUUGUGACAUACUUGCCGGAAAAGUUGAAAAAUCAGGAGUUGCUCAAGCAGACAUCAGUUUAGAUCCAACUUAGUUCCCAUCAUUAUAUAUCCAAACAAUCAUAAAUCUGAUUGGAUGUUACAUGUUGCUGCGGAGAUGUUUGGUCAAAGAGAAAGAACUUUUCCCAAAAAGAAGUUAGAAACUA